UGAUAGAGAGAGAGAGAGCAGUACCGGAUAAGCGAGCGACCACACUCUGAAGAGAUAGAGAGAGAGAGAAAGACAGAGAUGGCCAUCACCGCGCUGAAGCCAUCCUUGACCUCCUUCUUCACCGGCAGCACCGCCACUCCUCGCCUCCUCCAGCCGCCGCCCUCCUCCUCCUCCCCUCGCCUCCUCCUCACCAAAGCCUCCUCCUCUGCUCCUUCUCCUUCUCCCCCUCCUUCGUCUUCGUCUUCGUCGGAGCAGUCGGCUUCGGCUUCGGCUUCGGCUUCGGCUUCGGCUCCCGCUCCCGUCGGUCGCAGGCAGUUCGCGACGCUCACUUCCCUGUCGUUAGCCGCCGCCCCUCUCGUCGGUCCCCCCGCGGCGAGGGCGGGCGACGACGGCCUCUCCGAGUGGGAGAGAGUGUUCUUGCCGAUCGAUCCCGGCGUCGUCCUCCUCGACAUCGCCUUCGUCCCCGACGACUCGGGCCACGGUUUUCUUCUGGGGACCAGGCAGACCAUUUUGGAAACGAAAGAUGGCGGAAGCACUUGGGCUCCACGUUCGAUACCUUCGGCAGAAGAUGAGGAUUUCAACUAUAGGUUCAAUUCCAUUAGCUUCAAAGGAAAAGAAGGAUGGAUUGUUGGAAAGCCUUCUAUCCUUUUGUACACCUCGGACGCUGGAGAAACCUGGGAGAGAAUACCGCUGAGCUCUCAACUUCCCGGAGACAUUGUAUACAUCAAGGCAACUGGAGAAAAAAGUGCCGAGAUGGUGACGGACCAAGGGGCAAUAUAUAUCACGUCGAACAGAGGUUAUAACUGGAGGGCUGCGGUUCAAGAGACUGUUUCGGCCACCCUGAAUAGAACAGUUUCCAGUGGGAUCAGUGGUGCGAGCUACUAUACUGGAACUUUUAACACGGUUAACCGGUCACCUGAGGGAAACUAUGUUGCUGUCUCCAGCCGCGGUAAUUUCUACCUGACUUGGGAGCCUGGGCAGCCAUUUUGGCAACCCCAUAAUAGGGCAGUUGCAAGAAGAAUACAAAAUAUGGGAUGGAGGGCAGAUGGUGGCCUUUGGCUUCUUGUUCGUGGCGGUGGACUUUAUCUCAGCAAAGGAACUGGAAUCACGGAGGACUUCGAAGAGGUCUCUGUACAAAGUCGUGGUUUUGGAAUUCUUGAUGUUGGCUACCGUUCCCCGGAAGAGGCUUGGGCAGCAGGAGGUAGUGGGAUUCUGUUGAGAACAACCAAUGGUGGAAAGACAUGGAUCCGUGACAAAGCUGCUGACAACAUUGCUGCUAAUCUUUACUCAGUAAAGUUCAUAAAUGAUAAGAAGGGAUUUGUGUUGGGUAACGAUGGUGUACUCCUCCGGUAUCUGGGAUAAAGUUGUAUCUUUCUAGGUGCUGCAGAGUUUCUUUCUGAGCAGCCAAUAUACAUCAUCUUCCAGCAAGUAAAUAUAUUAAGUUCUCUUUAUUUGUAUUUUCUAUUGCCAAUCUGAUUGCAUCCAUGGGGCCCGUUUGCCUCGUGGUCGGAUGACCUUUCAACAGAAGAGAUUGAACAAACUUUAUUUCAGAUGAACAUAUACGCUUCACUU